AUGCGCGCCGUCGCGGCGUCGACGCCCGUCGACGCCGACGCGACGUCGCCGGGCGUCGUGCGAGAGACGCCGACGAAGACGACGCGGGCGCGCGUCGCGUCGGCGCACGACGCGGAGGCGCGAGACGCGCUGGUGUUCGCGACGGAGACGGAGUGCGAGCGGUACGCGGAAGCGACGAACGGGACGGCGCGCGCGGCGAGCGUGACGUGCGAUCCGUUCGUGUCGGGGAAGCUGCGCGAGCAUCAACGCGCGGGGGCGAGGUGGAUGUAUCGAGCGCUGCACGGGAUCGGAGAAGACGCGGCGAGCGAGGGCGGGACGCGAGGGGUGCUGUUGGCGGAUGAGAUGGGAUUGGGGAAGUCGUUGCAAGUGCUGGCGGUGCUGUGGACGAUGCUGAGGCAAGGACCGUGCGGGAAGCCGACGGCGCGAAGAGCGGUUUUCGUGUGCCCGGCGUCGCUCAUCGGAAACUGGGGCGCCGAGUUCACGAAGUGGUUGGGAGGCGUGCGCGUGCAGGCGUCGUUGGCGGAAGGGAACGCCGAAGCCGUGGAUGCGGCGUGCGAUCGAUGGUGCGCAGAACCGGCGAAGGGAUCGAAGAGUUCGUUCGAUCGGUGGCCGGUGCUCGUGAUGUCGUACGAGACGGCGAGGCGCCUGGCGCCGCGCGUGCGGGCGAUGAAGCCCGAGCUCAUGGUGUGCGACGAGGCGCACAGAUUGCGCAACGCCAUGGGCUCGCAAACCAUGACCGCUCUGCGAGAAAUCAACGCGCCCAUGCGAGUGCUGCUCACGGGGACGCCGAUUCAGAAUAAUUUGAACGAGUACGCGGCGGUUUUAGACUUUGCGCAACCGGGUAUCCUCGGGCCGCUGGAGGAUUUUCAGCGCGAUUUCACGCAACCUAUUCAGAGGCAAUACGAGCGAGGCGCGAGCAAGGAACAAAUCGCACAAGGUCGCAAGGUUGCGGACGAACUCAAUCGACGAACGAAAGGGAAGAUUUUGAGUCGGAAAUCUUCGACGAAUGCGGCGUACUUGCCAAAAAAGACUGAGCUCGUGGUGCUCUGUCGCUUGACGUCCGCGCAGAGGCAAGCUUAUGAGGCUGGGGCAAAAUUAGUGGAGUCGUGGACGAGUAGCGAUACGAGUGCGUCCUCUGGCGCGGCGGCGCUUUGUGCGAUUGGAAUCUUGCGACAGACAGCGAAUGAGGUUGAUCAAAUCCUCGCGAGGACGUCCGGAAAGUCAGUGGAUGAUUUAAAAGCUGCUAUGGCCAAAGCUUUGCCUCGAGAUUACGCGGGAGGAAUCGAUGGCUCGGGGAAAUUUACCAUUUUGCGGCGCAUGCUCGAGGCGCUCAAAGAGCGCGGUGACCCAACAGAGCGCGUCGUUGUCGUCUCCGGUUACUCUGCAUCACUCGCGACUGCGGAAGAUAUCUGCAAAAAAUUAAACGUAACCACUUCGCGUCUCGAUGGCACAGUGGCAGUCGAUUUGCGUACAUCCAUCGUCAAGAAUUUCAACUCUGGUCAAGGCGGUCAAGUCAUGCUGCUCUCCGUCGUCGCUGGCGGCGCCGGGUUGAAUCUUGUCGGUGCCAAUCGGUUGAUUCUCAUGGACGUAUCUUGGAAUCCUGCGCACGAUCGACAAGCGAUGGGCCGAAUUUGGCGCGAUGGUCAGACGAAACCGGUCACAAUUUAUCGCCUUGUCUCUGCUGGCACUGUAGAGCAAAAAGUUUUCGAGCGACAGCUCGGCAAAGAAGUGCUAAAGAAUACGGUCGAGAGCGGGUACACGGGUUAUGAAGGCGAUGGAUUCACCACGAAAGACUCGCUCGUGGGUAUCGUAAAAUUCACAGGUGAUGAAUUGAGCGAAAUCGUCGAUUGGGGCCGCCCUUUGGACGUCCACGAUGCGUGUCCAUUGCUCGGCGCGGCACGUUCACACGGUGCGGCGUUUCAAGUCAUCGACGUCGACGAUGGUACCGCCGCCGACGAAGCGCGAGCGAACAUUCCGAAAAAGGAACCAAUCGAAGUUCGCGCUAAAAAGUUGGCCCCAAAGCGCACUGCUUUCGAAGAUUUAUUUUCCGCAAAACGCGCGAGGUAG